AUGAUUUCCUGUGGUCGAGUCCAAUCAUUUGCUCAGUGCCUUAUUUGGAGAAAAGCAGUGACAUUGGACAACAUUCAAGAAUCCAGUCUGUGUCGCUGUUUAUCUACCAUUGACCUCAUUGCCCUAGGCAUUGGCAGCAUUCUGGGUGCUGGUGUAUAUGUGUUGGCAGGAGAAGUUGCCAAAGCAGAGUCUGGGCCCAGCAUCAUAAUCUCCUUUUUAAUUGCUGCAGUUGCAUCAGUGUUGGCAGAUUUAUGCUACGCGGAAUUUGGUGCACGGGUACCGAAGACUGGCUCGGUUUACCUCUACAGCUAUGUUACGAUUGGAGAAUUUUUGGCUUUCAUUACGGGUUGGAACUUAAUUCUCUCUUAUGUCAUUGGUACAUCUAGUGUGGCAUGUGCCUGGAGUGGCACAUUUGAUGAACUUUUAGGCAAAUGUAUUGAAAGUUUUAUUCGUAAUCAUGUCAGAAUGGACACAUCGGGAUUGGCCGAAUAUCCAGAUUUCUUUGCUGUAUGUUUGAUAAUGUUACUGGCAGGUCUCCUGUCAUCUGGGGCCAAAGAAUCAACAAUAGUAAACAAAAUCUUUACAACUAUCAACAUCCUUGUGCUUGUAUUUGUUAUUAUUGGAGGUUGCAUUAAAAGUAACAUUAAAAACUGGAACAUUGCUGCUGAGGUGCUGCGGAACGUCACUGCAGAAAUGCGGAACUUGUUCUCAGCUGCAAAUGUAACGAGUGAUUAUGGAACAGGAGGGUUUAUGCCCUACGGGUUCAGAGGUACUCUGACUGGCGCUGCAACCUGUUUCUAUGCAUUUGUGGGGUUUGAUUCCAUUGUGACCACAGGUGAGGAAGUGAAGAAUCCACAGAAGUCCAUCCCAGUUGGGAUUAUAUCAUCUCUUCUCAUUUGCUUCUUGGCCUACUUUGGGGUUUCUGCUGCACUUACACUUAUGAUGCCCUAUUAUCUUCUUGAUACCAAAAGCCCUCUCCCUGAGGCCUUUGAGUACGUUGAAUGGGGUGCACCCAAAUACUCUGUGGCCGUGGGCUCAUUGUGUGCCCUUUCAACAAGCCUUUUGGGCUCCAUGUUCCCUUUACCCUGCAUUCUGUUUGCAAUGGCAAGGGAUGGUUUACUUUUCAAAGCCCUAGCAAAACUGAGUAAACGUCAGACUCCAGCCCUUGCCACAACCAUAGCAGGAAGUAUUUCUGCCAUAAUGGCCUGCCUUUUUGACUUGAAAACAUUGGUUGACAUGAUGUCCAUUGGAACACUUCUAGCCUAUACACUGGUGGCAAUAUGCAUCCUUAUUUUGUGGCACCAACCAGAUUUUAGUUUUAAAGCUGAGAUUGAAAUGAGCAAAGGCCUACAGAUUUCAGAGGCUCCUAAGCAAGGUUUCAGUUUUAAGUUGCUGAUACUUCCUCUUCAAUUCCCCACACAACAAUCAUCAAUUAUUGUUACAUUCUGCGUAGGGUUAAUAGUCAUUUUAAUUUGCAUUCUACGUGGAAUGAUGACAUAUGGGUUGGAAACUAUCACAGCGACGAAGAUGGGGAACAUUGGCUUUUUAGUACUUGUCACACUAAUAUCAAUAUUCAUUGUAUUUGUUAUCUGGAGGCAACCUCAAAAUCAAAAGAAAGCUACAUUUAUGGUUCCCUGCCUACCAUUUCUGCCAAUACUCAGUAUUUUUGUAAACAUUUAUCUCAUGGCACAGCUGAGUGCAGCCACCUGGAUUCAACUGUCUGUCUGGAUGGCAAUUGGUUUGCUGAUAUAUUUUUGCUAUGGCAUCCAGCACAGUGUGGAAGGUCAGCAUCAUCAAGAAUGCUCUGUCCCAAGUCCCGUUGAGAACACAAGGCCAACAGAGGAAGAGCGUAAGGACGAUGCAGUUUAA